UUCUCGCCCUUACAUUGCUUGACGUAUCAAAAUGAUGAGUGGGCUUUGGACGCCGUCGCGGCCCUAUCACGGGCCAACCUUGAAGGUCAGCCGGCCACGUUGAAACAGACUUCAGAUCGCCUUUUCGUCCCCGACUUCGCUUUUGAGGCAUCUCGUGGCCUACUAUUUUUCGGAAUGGUCCCUGAGGUUGCGACAGCUUUUGCAUGCGGCCCCUUGAGCAUGGCGAUUAUCAAUAAUGAUUCGGAUGAAGUAGAUCGUAUUUUAAGGCGUUUCCCUGAUUCCAUAGCUGAACUUGAUUUAUACAAGCGAAGCCCACUUCAUCUCGCAUCAACGAAGCCGGAGAUUCUCGGAAGGCUCUUGGAAGUUGCAGAUUUUAGCAUUCUGAAACAGCGAGAUAGGACAGGUGCCAACGCACUUGAUAUGGCCAUGGCGCUUAGCUCACGGCACUGCGUAAACGGCAGAGAACAUGUAAGGUGCAGAGAGUGUUCUUGCUAUUUAUGCGCGAAAUAUCUCCUGAAUGCCACUUACAAUCUCACUGAAGAUGGCGAAAAGAGGACGACAAGUGACAAACAAGGAAGCAUCUUACGUUCCCAAGAACAGCUGCAAAUCUGCGAUGAGGCUGGCGGGGCUAUAGACUCUAUGUCAGACUGGGUAUUCCGGCAAAUCAGGUCCGUCAAUCUGGCUCGGUUGUUCUAUCGUCAUGGAUUCAUGCCCAGGCCAUCAAUAUUUCCCCAGCUUUGCCGCCAAAAUCUUAUCGGUUUCGGUCUUUGGGAACCCCUUAAUCCAGUCAUUGUUUGUUGGCUUCAGGAGCACGGAGGGGAUGUGUUCUGGCGAUCGCCCAUGGGCCUUAUUAACAAGACCGCUGAUGAUAGAGUGUUCCUGACAUUUGAAGCACUGGAUCUCGUUCACAGUUGUUGCAGCACAUUUUCUCAAGCCAAGCUUGGUACAGCUUGGACUGAGAUGGAUAAUGCGGAGAUCAUCGAAGACCAGGGUUUUCUACUUGAUUUGCACGAGAAAUUGGUUGCAGAAUUCAGUCGGGAAGCUGGCAGAUACCUGGGAAAUGGGCCAAACAAUGAGGGAUCGUUCCCUCAGUUUUUGAGGUCAUACUGGACUGAUCGGAUUACGGAAGAGUUAGAAAAGCUGAAUGGGGAGGACUUGACUCAUGAGGAAAGGAGAGGUGCAGAAGAAAUCGGCGUUGUGUGGCAUGGACCAACCAAGAGCAAGGAGAGCAAGAAGAGGAAUCCGUAUCCCAAUCGGUAUCUGGAACAUUGCUUCUCUCAGUUGGAUCGCAUCUGCCCGGAAUACAAUGAGCCAUGGCCAGAGGGAAUACGUCGCAAACAUUGA